AUGCUUGGUGAUAAUAACUUUCACAAAAAUCUCCUAGUUCCUUGCAAGCACGAACCAACUGUAGAUAACCGAUAUGGAGUUCACUUUGAAUUCAACGAUUUAUGUAAUCGAUUGCUUGAAGUUCAAGCUAAUCAGCUUAGCCAAGAUCUUCAGCCCAAGAUUAAAAGAAAACCAAUUCGUUUUCCAUCGCUAUCUCAAAUUCCAAAAAACUAUCAAAAACCUCAAGAGGCCGUUCAAACUAAGCCAAAGCGCUUGCACCCUCUUGCUAAAAAUAUCUUAUUUUCAACUUUUGAUGAAUCCAACAACCGAACUACGACAAGUAUAAUGAGGAAGUCAAAUUCAAUUUCUCCAGCAAAGCAGCGAUUUUCCUUACUCCUCUAAAAUAUUUAUUUUUCUGGGGCUUAUAGUUUGCAUUUUUCUUAACUCCCCCCUGCAUGAGCUGACAAAAUAUUUUGUUCUCUAAUAGAGGGGUUAAUUUUUUUUUUUAAAUUUAUAUAUAAAUUUUAUAAUAAAUUUUUUUUUGAGUUGCUGGAGAUUUCAUUAUAAUAAUUUUUAUAAAAAAUUUUUAUAUAUUAAAAAUAUUUUUUGCUCGCUCAUGGAGGAGGGUUUCGGGCAAAAAUUAGGAUUUUACCAAUGGUUUUGUUCGCUCACGGAGGGGGGAGUAAAUAAAUACUUUUAUUAGUAAAGAAAAAAAUAUUUCAAAAAUAAAAAGAGUUAGAAAAUUCAAAGAGCAACAAAAAGCUGCACUCUAAACUUCUAACUGAGAAGCCAAUAAAAAGGAAGAGAGCAAGCACUCACAUUAGUCUAAAAUGCUAA